UCCGUACGCACGCACGCUCGCAGCGUUAGCUCGCGCAUUGCACAGCAGUGGUGUAAAUACUGAACGAUUAAAUGUGAUACUUGAUCAAAUUUCGUUUGUAUUAGGUUAUUAUAUAUUAUCACAAUUUUGUAGAUGUGCAUUAAGUAUGGGCCCAAUUCUUUAAAAUCUAAUUUUAGGUGUAGUUUAUGCUGUGUAGGCAUGCAGUCAUGUGCCCUCUAGUCCACUGCUAUUAGUUUGGUUUUAUACUUAGUCUCGCUAAUUAGCUUUAACCUUAAACCACUCCAUAUGCACAGAUUUCAUGAAUUCGAUCUGUUAUGUAGUUAUGUUAAGAGUAUAAAACUUUCAGCAUGUCGAAAAGGAAAGUGACAUUUGAGGAUGGAGAUGGGGAGAUUACUUUGGAUGAUGUUCCGAAGAAGAAGAUUGUUGAUGGUGUGAGUGGCCCAGGAUCCAGAUUUAAGGAGAAACACACUUUGGACAGUGAUGAGGAAGAUGAAGGAGAGGAUAGAGAAAAUGGCAACAAAUAUAACAUCCUUGCCAGUGACGAUGUGGAAGGUCAGGAAAUGGCAACCAUUGACUAUGACGAGGGUAUACGCAUCACCCCUUUUAAUCUCACCGAGGAAAUGCAGGAGGGACACUUUGAUUCAGAGGGAAACUAUUUUGUCAACAAAGAGGAAGAUAUCAGAGACAACUGGCUGGACAAUAUCGACUGGGUGAAGAUAAAAGAGCAGCCCGUGAAAAAGAAGAAAGGCCUUGCAGCUAAGCGGAAGAGAAGAAUUGGUGAUGAAGACGAGGCAGAAGAGGAAAUAAAACGUGAGGAGCAGCAGAAAGACAGUGAGGAAGAUGAGGAGGAAGAAGAGGAGAAAGGACCUGCAGAAGACCCUCUGGCUACAUACAGCCAUCAUCAGCUCGCAGAAGCCGUCAUUGAGCUGAUGCUGCCUGGAGAGACAGUGGCUGCCGCUCUGAGAAGACUUGGCGGUCUCGGAGGACACAAGAAGAAAGGCAGACUGAGAGAAGGAGAGGAGGAGAAAAAAGAGACUUCGAACAAAGACGCUGAUAAACUGGACAAACUGACAGCACUGGCAGAUAGACUGGUGGGGAUUGGAGAAUUUGAAAUUUAUCAGCAGACUUACGAAAAACUGGCCUACAAGUUGAAGGGGAUGACUCGAGGAAAGGCAGCCAAAAUACUAGCGGAUGAUGAAGAGGAAAAAGAUGAGCUAGACAUGUUCGGUGAGGAGUUUGAUGAGAAGCAAGUUGCAGAAAAGGAUGAGGAUAAAGACAACAGCAGAGUCAGUGAUGAGGUCAUGUGGGAGUACAAAUGGGAAAACGAGGAAAACUCUGAGCUCUAUGGGCCCUUCAGCAGCAAACAGAUGCAGGAGUGGGUGGAUGAAGGCUACUUCAAGGAUGGAGUAUAUUGUAGGAGGAUUGACCAGGAAGGAGCCCCCUUCUACAACUCAAAGAGAAUAGACUUUGAACUUUAUACAUGAUCUGUUGAUUUUACUGAUUUUAUUUGAUUUCUUCCGUCCAUCUGAAAUGGCUUCUCUGAAUAAUUGUUUACUUUUCAAUAAUUGUCUUUUGUCUUAUAUAUGCACAUGCACUAGGAUGUGCACCUGUGUUUGAUACAUGAUGUGUUUUAAAAUAAAGACUUUAUGGCUGGAUCCAACCUGGUGUGCUGGCUAAUGUUACAACUAUUCUGACUCAUGCACGUUUACUGGAUACACAGUUUUAAAGAGUGCUGCUAUUUUGCUACACGCAAGAUUCAAUAUUCAAACCGCGGGGCUGUACAUAAACCAAUGAAAGCUUUAAAAGUUCACACGGGUAGAAAGACGGCUGUUCGCGGCCUCGCUAUUGGUUGCAUUUCUCCCUCCCGAAGCACAAUUGGUCAGUACGCUGGCGUUGAACAGUUCUAAUUGGCUGAAAUCUUAGCCUUUACCCGAGGGGCGGGACAUUCUCAUACUCUGCGGGCUUCUGAUUGGCUCUUCGUCAGACCGGGAACACGCUCGCACCGAAUGAGAUCAUAGGUCUGAAGAGUCGGUGCAAUGGUGAAGCUCGGGCGCAGUCCGGCGUGGAAAUGUCACACAAACAACGCCUAAAGAAGAUGCUUUCACAGCCUCACCGCACGUUUCCCCUCAGACGGUUUUAG